AUGUCCUCCGAUGAGAUUGUAUGGCAGGUUAUCAACCAGCAAUUUUGUUCCUACAAACUUAAGACUACAAAGGGACAAAACUUCUGUCGCAAUGAAUACAACGUCACUGGUCUUUGCAACCGGCAGUCCUGCCCGCUGGCAAACUCCCGCUACGCCACAAUCCGCUCAGACCCCGAGACAGGCACCAUGUAUCUCUACAUGAAGACCAUUGAACGCGCGCACAUGCCCAGCAAACUAUGGGAACGAAUCAAGCUGUCAUCGAACUACGCCAAGGCUCUCGAACAGGUGGACUCGCGACUCAUCUACUGGCCAAAAUUCCUGAUCCACAAGUGCAAGCAGCGGCUUACACGACUGACACAAGUCGCCAUUCGAAUGAAGAAACUCGCGCGCGAGGAGGAGCGUCUGGGCGAAAGGGUUGUACCGAAGCUGGCGCCGAAGAUCCGACGCCGAGAAGAGACGAGAGAGCGCAAGGCCGAGAGCGCGGCCAAGGUUGAGCGGGCGAUUGAGCGCGAGCUUAUCGAGCGAUUGCGCAGUGGUGCUUAUGGUGAUCAGCCACUGAAUGUAGACGAGUCGAUCUGGAAGAAGGUGCUCCGUGGCUUGGAGAGGUCUGGUGAGGGUGAGAGGGACGAGGACAUGGAUGAUGGAGAGCUUGAGGAGGAAGAGGAAGAGGAGGGUGUCGGGGAGGUUGAGUACGUCAGUGAUCUUGACGAGGAUGAGGACCUGGAGGAUCUGGAGGACUGGCUUGGCAAUGAGUCCGGCGACUCGAGCGAUGAUUAUUCCGAUGAGGAUGAAGAGGACAGUGAUGAGAGUGGGUUUGAGGACAACGACGAGCCGCAGCAGAAGAAGGCGAAACCUGGUUCCAAGAGGAAGUUCAGCGCGCCGCCAGCUAAGCCUAGGAAGAAGGGCCCCAAGGUCGAGAUCGAGUAUGAGACUGAGGGCACUGGCAAGGAGAAUGUCUUUGCUUAG